GUUCUAAGAAACAGCUUACCAGAGCUACCAAAGCCGUUCUUCGGUUAUAUACUUCCUCUUCUUCCGAAGUGAUAUCUGUGCUUUUGGAACUUAUGCUGCAGCCAUUAGAUUCCCCAAAUGGGGAGUUAGUGAACGCUUUGAAAUUCCAUGAUAUCAUUGACAGCCACAGUGCAUAUGAUUAUUGGAAACCAAUACUGAAAAAACUGUCAAAUAGAGAACCAGAGUUGCUUCUGACUCUUCUGCAGGCAGCUCUUGACAAAAUCGAGACUCUGGAGGCCAUGAAACAUGAACUUGUGUCAGGUGAAAAUUGCUUUUCAGGAAAUGAAAAUGAAUCUCUCCGACUUCAACUAUUAUUCUAUCUAUGUGAAGAGGUAGUUGGAAAUCUGAAGACACUGAAGCCUCUUAACCGUAGUGAUUCUGCUGCUGACAGGGAAGAUUCUUCAAGAAAACUUGGUCUUCCAGAGGCAACGCUGCAACAAAUAUUACGUAAAUGUUUACUUUUGUCCUCUCACACCAAUAAUCAGCUGAUGGAUUCAGUUCUUGUCAUUGCUCAGAUUAUGGGAAGGAAUUCUUUAUUCCAUAAGUUAAAUAAGCUCUGCUCACUGAGCGUAUUUGAUUCAGAGAUUAUUCACUCGGAUCCUUCCACCAGUAGUUCAGAAAGCUUCCUACUAUCCAAGGGGGAAGAUUCUCUUCGCCAGGCUGCUCAGAAGCUUGAAUUAAUUAAGCACCAAGUUGUGAAGGGCAAUAACGUGAAGACAGCAGAUGCCGGGAGCAGAUGGGUAGUUGCAGAAGCAUGGAAACCAUGCCCCACUGAAGUUGCAAAAUCAUCCGACAAUGAUAUCCCAGAAACUGAUAAAUGUGGAUGCAAGCGGGAUGCUUCCUCUGCGAUUGAAUGCUUGGACGACCAUCCUAAUAUGAAGAAAAUGAGGAAGACAGAGGAGCCUGGUGAUAGCAACAACGACAGGGAUUUUCUCUCGGAUAAAAAUGACAACGACGACAUGCCUUUGGAAGGUUCAAAAGGCCACCUGCUGAUUGGUGGAGUGUGGAGAAAGGUUUCAAAGGAGGAGCUGCAUGAUAUUGCAAGAGCUGUGAAGAUUUUGAUUUAAUCAAAGCCUUGUGAGACGGCUUCGCUUUGGCAGGGGGGUGAGAGCAAAAUGAAAAGGUCUCUGUUUCUGUUGCACGUCUGCCAUCAAUUUUGCAGCUUGUAAAUUUUUUGUCAGUGGAUUUUGCUUGUAAUCUCCAAGAAAUUUUAAUUUAUCUGUUACCUGCUUGACACCACUGUUAAAUUUUAUAGAUUAAUAAUACAAAUUUGAUUAUGCUAAAA